UAGACUAAAACACACCAAGCGUCUACGCUUCAAGAACACGGCGCACAACGCCCCACAGUUUUCGAUCUCUUGGAACAGGUCCAUCGUCUCCGAGGGACGAAGCCUCUAUUCCGUUAUGUAUGCUUGGUCCACUCCUUUAUCGCCAACUUCCACAGUUGACUUUGUUUUCAGGAUCGACCUAAACUAAGCACUCUGCCGUUACAAUCUCCUGCAACAUUUUCAUCAACAUCUGUCAUUCAAGCAAAAACCUACAACCCUUCGUCUGCGAAAGCGGCUGAAACUCAGAAGCAAGUCUUUGAUGCACUUCAGCCAAUGCGUAGAGGGCGUCCAUCAGUAGGAACUAGCCUUGCUCCAGCAUCGGCACCCCUCUCCCCUAUCAAGUCUGGCCCAAGCAAAAUAACCGAACGGCCAAGAAGGUUUUCUAAACCCACGGCUGAUUCUGUGACUUCGAGCCCGUCAAUUAUCUCAGAUAUGAAUGCAUGGAGGAUCGGAACGACUCACCACCCCACAACAAAGUCGCAACCAAGAGUGAACGGGUUUGAAGACUCUUUCCAGACAUCAUCAUCUGCUCAGGUCAUAUCUCCGAGUCCAUCUCCCAAACCCCCUCCUCUCCCGAACCGUAAUCGACCGCCUCCCCCUGCGCGCCAACAUCAUCGGACUGGGCCGGUGGUGCCCAUGAACGCGAAACAGGGUGCGUUUGAGGCCCUUGACCCCACUUUGGUGUCGAGACCUCCGCCGAGAACGCUCGGUUCUUUGUCCAUAUCUACGUCCGUCGAUAGCUCCACUGGUCCUGGCCUACGCUCACCGUCAGCUCCAUAUUUGGGCCCAAAAGCUUCUAAGGUUACUGGCGAUUACCUCUCUUAUUCCAGUACAAGCAAUAAAGCGUCCCGAUCACCAUCUUCGCCUUCAGCUCAACUUUCAGUUGAAGAAAGAUUUCCUUCGCUAGAAGGGUUGGACCAGCACUUUGCCAAGGCAGGCAUUGGUUCGCCCUCACUUUCUUCUAACAAAGUGUCGGGGAAAUCAUCAUCGUCUGGUUUGGUCCUACCAACCCUUGGCAAUACAUCAUCCAGCCAGACUUCGCCAGCCCCGGAUCGCUUUCAGGCUUCGAUUCGUUCUCUUGGAUCUGGGACACCUGCAGGGACUCGGACUGCCUCCACUCGUCCACCAAGUCCCAGUGGUCCUCGAUCCCGGUCCCCUCUGACGAGUCCAGAAAUUCGGCCUAGGGAUUUGCCACCGCCCAGUUCGUACGGGAUGCAGCAAGCAGGCACUCGUUUUGCGACCGCUUCCUUUUCGCCUUUGUCUACACGGCCCUCAGUGGAGAAGCUUCCGGGUCAUGGCGCAAAGCCACCGGUAAAUCAUGCAACGAAGCCAUCCUUAUCGAAACUCGAUGUUGGGCAGAGUUCGUCGGCCCCGUCCUCACAAUCUUGGUCCAAAGAAUCUCCCGGCACACCUGCUGUUGUUGCGCAGACAAGGAACUUGCUGGAUGAAAUCUUUGCAUCUGAUGCGUCUCUGCCAUCGCCAUUGGUCGCAAGUAGUACCAGGCACUUGGUUCCACCGCCCGUCGCCACGAGCUACCGGGGAGACGCUCCCAGUAUACCCAAAAGCCAAACGCCUUCUCCCCGCUUGCAAGGUGCUCUGCGACCUCCUGAAAGGAGAAACUCGCCCAGGAGUGGAGAAUCGAGUGGAGGGGACGAGAACCCCGAGGACCCUGUACCGCGUCGUGCCUCUCGUGUGUGGGGUGUCCCGCGGGCCACUUCUCCUUCGCAAUCCCCGAAUUUAAUACCCUCGUCAACUAGGGGGGUGUCCCCCACAGGUUCGAAUCCUGCCCGGAAGAGCUAUCAUGGACCAUCUCAUGCGAGGAAAACCUCAGCUUAUGAUCUUAUUGAUGCCCCACCUCCCACCUCAAACUCUGUGGCCACGCAUACCGGGGGUCAGAGGAGUCCCUCUCGUCAGGGACGCCGGCAGGCCUCUGCAUAUGAUUUAGUGGAUAUUGAGAAGCCUCUUGCAUCAUCUAUCACGCAGCCAAUGGGCACGCAAUUGGGACAGAGCCCUCAAGACAAACAGUUCACCGGGAGUCGAGUAUCAUAUCAUGAUAGGCAAUUUACAGGAAAUCGGGUACCAGGCGGUACUUACUCUUCCCCCUCUCUGUCGCCCGUACCCAACCCCGCUAACGCCAAGAUACAAGGCGGCCCCCGUCCGCGGCCUCAGUCGAUGUUCCUUACAAGCUCGAAUUUGUUAAUCCCACCCAGUGUACCUUCGGAUGUGUCUACACCGAACGGAACAGGUGCAUCACCGAGACGAGAAUCCCAUCGUAGAUUAUCGAUAUCGGAUAUGGUGUCGAAGUACGAAGAGGUAGUACGCGGUGCAUUAGCUCCGGAGAUUUCGCGUCAAGGAAACGUCUCAAAAACUCCAACUGGGGCAUUCCCCCUUACUAAGGUUACUACACCAAAACUCCUGCCGACUACAACGCCACCAUCGACUUCCCCAAGUAAAGCACACGCUACACAGCCAUCUUCGCAAUACAAGCCUCAACGGUCCCCAGUCAUGACUUCUUUCCCGCCCUCUGGUCUUGCACAGAGCACUGAUCCUGGUCCUUUGAAUUCCCCUGUCACAAGGAGCUAUACCCGGCCAGCGGCCAACACACCACUACAGCACACUGGCCUGCCCACUGUCAAAAGACUUAGGGAGCCGUCACCCGAGAACGAGCAGCAACCAUCACACGCUCCGCGGACGGAGAGCACAAAGUUGAACGUCGUUCCCCCUCCCGAUUUCACGGGCAGGCAGGACCGACCGCCAUCGCCCGCUCGACCAGGGAGGGUCUCUCCCGCUGCUCACUCGCCCACUCCUGAGCGACCUUAUCAAGGCGUGAGUAAGCUUAUCGAUCAGUGGCAGAAGAAGUCUGAGGCUGCGAUGGGUGAGUCGAAUGUCAUUGGGAGAAAGCCGCUAGGUUCUGGUCGGACAUUCCGGUAAUGCUGAGUAGAUGAGAUUUGGUUUUUGGUUUUUAUACGGAUGCAUUGUACACGGUAAUGCUCAGAUAGAGAUUGUUCCUGAAGUCCACAUUGAAAGUUCACGAUAAACCUAACCAAGAAU